CCUCCCGGCGCUGACUCUGUCUUCCGGUUCUGGUGGCGCUGAAGUGGGUCUAGUUUACACGCGUUCUCUUUUCACUAUGCCCCAAUGCUUUGGUGAGUGUAAAGAGAUAUGGCUGUAGAGCCUCUUUUGCAGACGGGCUGAGGAGGGUGACUGGCUCCAGAGGUCUGGUGAUUGGAUCUUGAUCCCUCAAUUCAAUCUAAGUAGCUAAUGGUCCUGUCUCACUCCAAAGAUGAGGCUGUUUGUGUUUGCGGUGUUGUGUCUCUUCUCUGCUGCACAAAGUGAAGAAGGGGCCAGGCUUCUGGCUUCUAAGUCACUGCUGAAUAGAUAUGCUGUGGAAGGAAAGGACCUGACCUUGCAAUACAACAUCUACAAUGUCGGCUCAAGUGCAGCCCUAGAUGUGGAAUUAUCUGAUGAUUCUUUUCCCCCAGAAGACUUUGGUAUUGUUUCAGGAAUGCUCAAUGUCAAAUGGGACCGAAUUGCUCCUGCCAGCAAUGUGUCUCAUACUGUGGUCCUACGCCCACUCAAGGCUGGCUAUUUUAACUUUACCUCUGCAACCAUCACAUAUCUUGCCCAGGAAGAAGGGCCGGUGGUGGUUGGCUUCACCAGUGCCCCUGGGCAGGGAGGAAUUCUGGCCCAGCGAGAAUUUGACAGGAGAUUCUCUCCCCAUUUUCUGGAUUGGGCAGCAUUCGGUGUGAUGACUCUUCCUUCCAUUGGGAUUCCCCUGCUCCUGUGGUACUCAAGCAAGAGAAAAUAUGACACUCCCAAGACCAAGAAGAACUGAAUGUGCACCCUCCCCUCCCAAGAAAUCCAGGUGCUUUCCAGACUCCAAAGGAUGUCUCAAAAUGCAAUCUCUUCCCUUAGUCCUUCACCACCUUCUCCAUGGCCGUGCUCUCACACAGAGCAAAGGAACAGGCCUAGGGGCCCAAGAGAGCCUCCUUGGUGCAGUUUUGAAGCCAUCCGUUGGGUUUUUAUAUAAACAGAAACACCCCAGCAUUGACCUUGAGCCCAAGUGGCCUUUUCCUCACUUUGGGGCUGCUCGGUGCAAAGCUGGCAAUGAGGACUUUCUCAGGGGUUUAGAAGGGGGAACUUCAGAGGCUGCCUGACCACCUCUGGAAAGAGGAAAUCAGAACCACUCACUAGUCUCUUGGAGGCCUCCUGGUUUGGGGGCAGGGAAGCGCUUACUGAAAUGGGUUUUCUAAUAAAAACAAACUCCACCUCAA